UGAAGAAUGGAUGGAUACCGAUGUGGACGAGCCGCAUCACCAGCUGGUCAUGGAUUUGGACGCUUCGGUGACCUGUUGCAGGAUGCUGGUUCGGAGGAUCGAUUCCGAAGUUGAGGAUCUUCAGCAGAAGAGUGGGACGGGACUGGAUGCUCAGAGUAAGAUUAAGUUAUUAAUGAAGAAUGGGACCUUAGAGGAAUUGCAGAAGAUGGUUGAUCGCCAAACGGGUGCUUUGACCCUUCUUCUUACCGUCUGCAACUGCAAAGCCAUCGGAGAGCAGAAGGUGGUGCUUGAGAAAACCUCUACCCGCAGGGUAAUCAAACGAAUCAAGGACGAUGCCUCGUCGCUGUACGUCCAGCGCGACUCCAUGUCCAUGUACAGUCGCUGCACGGACAACCUCUCCAAAAUCUCCAAGAUGUUCGAGUUUGACCGCGAGCUCUUCGUCUCGAAGGUGUAUGAAAAGGCUCUCCGGGGUUCCUUGAAAGACACCGUCGAAAACAUGCGCCAGAAACAGCAGCGGUCUGAUGUGAGGGUCUCCCGAGAGGAAAGGGUAAGGGAUAUGAUUAUUGAGCGUGAACUUAAAGAGCAUGCUUUGAAGAUGAGACAAGAGGCUAGGGUCGUUCUCCUAGGAGAGAGCGAUUGUGUGCAGGGUUUCAUUAAGAAUAUGAAGAUCAAGCACGCAGAUGGCUUCACCGAUGAUGAUCGUAGGAUGUAUAAAGAGGUAGUAAUGAAGUAUAUGAUGCGUGUGAUGGAGAGUAUGGUCUUGGUACAGAAGAAUGGGGAUAUUGGCCUAGAUAAUACAGCCAAGAUACAAGCUAAACUUCUCUCCCAGGAGAUUGAGGCGAUCCGAGCUGGUGGUGGCAAAAUCACUCUCGAGGGCGCGGGUGCAGUCCAAGGUCUAUGGAAAGAUAUUUUAAAAAGGGAUUUAAAUUAUGAAGCAUAUAUACCAGAGUCGCCCUCAUAGUAAGUUUAGUUAGUCAUUUGACGGAUGAGUUCAUACUGACCACCGAACAAAUAGUUUCAUCGAGGAGAUCCGAAGGAUUGCACAGAAAGACUACCU